CGACAGCGCCACUGGCAGCUACCUUCACUGCUGUCUCCUCAGCAUCAGUCGCAUCACUAGGCUAUCCGACACCAACACUAACUUCAAGUAGUCUGGAAACGCACAGCACUUAUCGUGCAUGUUAUCAUCCAGAGUCAAAAUUCUUCUCACUUGGUGCAGCGAGAAUGGUAUCCAAAUCGAUCCUAGAAUACAAGUUCGGGAAAGUAGAAACCAUCAAGAGUUAGCCGGUAGGACGGAAAGUUCCUGCAGUACCUCCUCGCGCGAUCGCGGAAUUAGCGUGUACUCACUCGAACACCUCAUUGAUUGUUCCUGUUCCCUCGUACGCAUUCCGAAGGCAACUAUUCUCUCAACAAAGUCAUGCUUCUUCUCUCAGGACAUUACCUCUGCGCCGUAUGGCCAUGCUGCGCAUCUUGCAUUGGCUCUCGCCCUGUAUGGUGAGAUUUUGCGAGGCCAAGAUUCCAAAUGGUUCGGAUACCUCCAGAGCCUGCCGCGGGAAAUUGUCGAUAUAGCCAUAUUCUGGGGUGUCAAGGACGUUAUCGACUUCAGGUCCUGUGUGUGCUCAAACCGCGGACGCACAGCUCCUUCGCAAAGUGCCAUUGGAGCCGCUUGCUCCAGUGCGGAAUUUCCCGAGUGUGCUACGUCUCUCCAAUACCUAGACGGUAAGCGAGCUCGGAUGUGGCUUUCCUGUGCAGGAGCCAAAAUGGAGCUAGAUGGCCUGACGGAUGAAAUACGUCAAUACUACGUCUCUAUCGUGGAACCCACGCUACACGCAGCCUUUGGCAGACUUCGGGAAGCGGAGGCCGAGCACAAUGUCAAUGUGAUAUCAGGAGAUGGGAUUCCACGUCUCGAUGAAUGCAGCAAUGAGUCGAACUCAGUGGAACCCUCGCUGCCUGGGUUCUGUCACGCUUACUCCCUCGUGUCUUCCCGCGCGUUUUUGGUGGACGCGUAUCAUGGUCUUGCGAUGGUGCCCAUUGCUGAUGCAUUCAAUCACACCAACGAGAAUCAUGUGCAUAUGGAGAGCGACUUUGAUGUCUGUGUCGAAUGUGGAUCUCUAGCGGAGUGCGACCAUGAUCACGAAACCACCCAUGCCGUUCCUGCCCGAGGGGCCUGUUCGCUUCCUGGAGUCCCCAAACCUGAUCCGACGCUUGAGAUUGAUACCCUUGACAUGUGUUCUGUUAAGCCCAUUCUACCUCACUCUGAGGUAUUCAACACAUACGGAUCGCUCUCAAACGCCGAGCUCAUUUCCAGGUACGGCUUCACCCUGCCGGAGAACGAGCACGAUAUCGUUAGUUUAGGUUACGGCUCCUUCUCCGCCUUCAUCAACAACCUUAUAGGUGUUGUACACUCUUCCGCCGACGGUAGUAACGAUGCCGACACGCAGGGGCGUUUAAAGAUCAGAAACUUUAGUUUGCCUGACUGCGGCGUAUUGGGUGAUGAGCGCGGGAUAGCAGACGACUUUGCGAGCCUAUUCUUACGAAUAUAUUCGCAUCUUGCCAGUCUGUGGACCACUGAACCCAGAUGGGACGAAGCAGGUGACACUGGAAUGGUCUAUAAUGCUUCCUCAGUCUCGUCACCAUGGUCUCUACGGGAUGAUCCAGAUUCUGCUCUUCCCGAAGCUUUCAACAUCAAUUCCGAGGGAAAGCUGACGCAUACCCUGUGGCUUUUCUGCGUUCUUUUUGCUACCUGCAUAUGCUCGCCAGAAAUCAUGACAAAUUUUGCCCACUCGAUUGUUUCGAGUGACAAUGAGCCUACGCGCCAAUCGUUUGUGGAAGACGUGAAACGGUACCUCGUGGAUGUGCAGAACUAUGUCGACAAUGCCACGGAAACGGGAGAUGAUGACGAAGAAGUCUCUAUCUCUGCACGUUCGGACACCCCCUCGGAUGAUCGGGACGAUCCCUUCAUUCAUGUCACUCAAAACCAUAUGACAACCGAAACCGACGCAGGCGGAAUAUCCAUGAACGAAAACAAUGUUCAUGCCAGCGCGCAAGAUAGUGCCUGUUUCAUAUCUAGUCUCCAUGCGCCAGCCAGCAGGUCUCUGGGUCUCGACCUUCCCAGUGGGAUCAGAGCCGGUGGGGACGCAUGUUUCCUUGCCCGUGCGUACCACACAAAUGUGCCUUCGGUACCUUCAAGCACAUCACAAGCGAUGGUCUGGAGCAGUCCGCGAAGAAGAUCUAGUGUGGUGGAGGAGCGGCCCCCAAAACGUUUACGGCACUCAAGUCCCCAUACCGUGGUUAGUCAGGAGGAUCUGCCCUUGGAUAUAUAUGGAAAAUCAAAGCGUACAGCCGCACCCAUUGAAGAAACAAUCAGCACCGGAAAUUUAACUGCCAUCGCAGGACGCGGACGGGCGACGCACACCCAUCGGGUAGCACAAACGCUUGCUCUUAUCGUGGUACACCUUUGCCAGCACGAUACCGGUUCCGCGCACAUAUCCGAUGUGAACGCUGAUAAUUUGACUGCAGCGGAACUUGGAGAGCUUUUAGAUGUAACACCGAUGCAUAUGCAUCGGACCCGAGCGGCGGUGCUACUAGCGCUGAGCGAGAAGUCUAUUCUGGAGAGCUGCGCAUCCACUUGGGGUGCAGUCCUGGAGAACAUUCCAGACAACAUUAACGAGGAGUGACAACGCAAACUCUAGCGGAACUUGCAGUUGACGAUAAGGAAGCUUCUGUGUGGGCAAGUACGUCCGUUGCUUGUAUUUGGCAAGAGAGCAGCAUGAUAUGACAAUAUCCGUCGCUCGCUGGAGAUAAUACGGCGGGGAGUGGGGGUUGACAAAUUCUAAUUCAAUAUUGACAUGAUCAACUCCCUACGCGAUGC